AUGGCUGAGGAGGCCGUGACACCUGCCGGCGGAGCCCCAGAACCAGCUUGGCAAUGCAUCGGAGACCAAAGCAAGGGAAGCAUCUACACAAUCAGAACCGGCAGAUGGUUCAACACACUCAAUGGGACCGGAAAUGCCAAUGGGCCCAUUUUUGAUGCUUCAAGUCCGCCGGAUAUCGAAAAGCCCAAAAGAUGGCUAUCUGGAGCGUUGCGAGACUCGCCGGGCAACGACGGGCUCAGUGUGUACGACAGCGCUUGCACUGGCAAGAAUAACACCAGAUUCUCGACCUCGUUCUACGAAGCAACGGCACAGAUCAUUGCAGGCCAGCAGCCAUAUAGUGCUGCGCCGUGUUACAGACAAGGGGCGGUUCCGAUAGAGAUUCAGACUGUGGACAGUUGGCAGGCUACUGGGUGCAGCCCGGGUUUUCUAUGUGAGAACAAUACCGUCAACUCAAUACCUCAGUACUGUCCACCGCUGGACGCAUGUCAAAUGGCAAGAUUAGCAUCGUUCACCUGCAAUUUUGGCGGCAAGAACGCUGGCAUGGGCCCUUUUGAGCCGGUUGUUUGUCAAGCUGGAAACUACUGCCCAGAAGAGAAUAACGGCAAGGUUUCUAUCGUCUGUCCAGCUGGCUCAUAUUGCCAGCCUGGAGCCGCAACCCCAACACCAUGUUCGGUUGGCAGCCGUUGCCCGGCAGGUUCUUCCUACGAGCUGUUUCUCAUCCCUCUCGCCAUCUUGAUCAUUAUCGAUGUUCUGAUGAUCGCCGGCAUGGUUAUUUACCGAUUCCGAAAGCGCCUUCGCGAUCAUCAAUCAAAUAAGAGCCGGAGACCAACUUUGAAGCGUGGCAUGAGCAGCAUGAAAGCUCAGAUCACGGGCUACAGGGCACUUUCGGAAGAUACAGACCGCGAGAUGCUCCCAAUGAGCGCUACCUAUAUUCCCAACCGGACCGACUCCUAUGGAGGAGGAUUUCAAGCCGCCCUUAACCUCGAUUCCGAAGACUCAGUCAAUGUACGGCCAACGAGCGAGAUGCUCAAUCCUCAGCUGAUGGCGUUUGUCUCCUCGAUGAGGCGUGCGACUGAUGCAACCAAUCUUGGUCUCUCCUUCAGCUACUCUGACCUCAGUUUCCACCCUAAGAAGAGCUCCAAGAUGAUUCUUCAAAACGUUACGGGAUCCAUCGACCGGGGCACUUUGACGGCUGUCAUGGGCGGAUCCGGUGCCGGUAAGUCAACGUUUGUCAACGUACUCAUGGGUAAGAUCAAGAACACCGGAGGCACAGUAGCUGUGAACAGCAGUCCAGACAAGUUGAAGCGGUACAAGAAGGUGAUUGGUUAUGUACCUCAAGACGACAUCGUGCUGCCGGAGCUCACGGUAUACGAAAACAUUGUCCAUAGCGCAAAGAUCCGCUUGCCUCAGACUUGGUCAACGGCUGACAUUGAGUCUCAUGUCGAUUCUGUCAUUGACUGCUUGGAACUCUCCCACGUACGCAACUCCUUAGUUGGUUCAGUCGCUGUACCUGUCAUUAGUGGUGGGCAACGCAAACGUGUCAGUAUCGGUAUGGAACUGGCUUCUGCACCAAUGGCGAUCUUCCUGGACGAGCCGACGAGCGGUCUCGAUGCAACUGCAGCUUCAUCUUUAAUGCGGACUUUGAAGGCAGUUGCGCGGCUGGGAAUCACCGUAAUCGUCAUCAUCCAUCAACCACGAACCGAAAUUUUUGAGAAUUUCGAUAACCUCAUUCUCCUCGGCAAUGGCCAGACUAUCUACGAAGGUCCCCAAGCUGAAGUGCAGGACUAUUUCGAGGGGCUCGGCUUCGGGUUCCCAAAGCACAGUAAUCACGGCGACGUGGUCGCCGAUAUUAUUACUGGGAACGGUCGCGAUUACAAGCAAAUCGGGGAGAUUUCCAAAGACUCGCUCAUUUCAAAGUGGUCAGAUCACCGCCAGUCUCUCGCGCACAAGGAACGUCACGCUUCCUCCAUCAUGAGCAACAACGGCAUCUACGCCGCCAUCAAACAUCGCGGUGCACCGUUGUACAGACAGGCAUGGCUCUGCCUCCGCCGGGCCAUGCUUCAGCAGUACCGCACCAAAGCAGCUUUUUGGGCUGAGAUGGGUCUCGCGGCGCUCGCUGGAUUUCUCCUGGGCCUUGCCGAGCACUCGAAAAAGGGCAUCUUGUUUACUGGCACUUUCAAAGAGCCGUACUCGAUCUUGUCAACUGCUGUAGACUUCAAGUCCGCCCCUGAACUUGCUCUAUUGGUCUCCAUUGCUGUGGGUCUAGUGUCUGGUGCACCUGGCGUGAAGACUUUCUCAGAAGAACUGCUCGUGCAUCGGAGGGAGGCCGAAGCGGGACACAACAGACUAGCAUAUUUUCUUGCCAAGGUCGUCUCGGUCCUUCCCCGUAUGCUCUUUGGAUGUCUCCAUUUCACAACAUUCUUGUUCAUUCUCACGGUACCGGUGAUCAACUGGGGGCUUGCUUUCCUCACGAACUUCUUCUACUUUUACUGCAUUUACGGGCUGGCCAGUAUCGUCAGCAUGCUUGUCCGGCGAGAAGAUGCCCCCCUGUUUGCGACAAUGAUUAGUCUUAUCGUUGCAAUCUUGUCUGGUGCUGCUCCUCCACUAGCUAAAGUCAAGGACUGGCACUUGGAAUGGCUUUGGCGCGCUUCACCCGGUGUCUGGUUAGCAGAGAUCUACUUUGGCCAGCUAGUCUCGCCUUUUGGGUACUUGUAUGAUGUCGAGUCUGCUGCAGCGGCGACUGGCUUCCAUUUGAAUUGGUUAUGGCGCAACAUGGGAGUUUUGGUUGGUAUUGGAACUAUCUACAGAGUGAGUACGGAGACUGAUGGUCUUCAUUAUCACUAUCCGCCACAUCUACUCCGACUGAUUGCUCUUGUGCAAAAGAUGACGAUUGUAGGAUCUGCGAACGAUAGGAUGCAGAUAUUAAAGCACAUUGGUAUUUCUGCCUGUGCGAACCUUCAAGCUAGAAAUUUUGAGGAGCAUCAUGCUGAUCCGAAGCAAAGAACUAACGAGGGGCCAUAUGUUGGGAACAAGGGACAAGCGCGAUUUGCCCGUGAUUUUCUGCCUGGGCAGAAUCCUCUGUCACCAGGCCAUUGGGUGACUUUGGUGCGGGAUGCCAGGCAAGGCCGCGACAGCCAUAUCAACUAUCACGGCGCUGUUCAGAUUUCAGUAGAGGCCAAGAACCGUGCCAAGGAGCGGUUCGGCAUGCCAGUCGCACUUAGAGGAUGUCUAACAGGUACAUGGUGGCAGCAGGCUUUUCAGUGUAUCAUCCCGGCGCUGUCUACGCCCAAGGAAUCGGCUAAAACUAAGUGGUCAGGCCUUCCCCAGUUUCCAGAGAACGUCACCAUCCAGAAGUUUCUGAUUCCAUCUCAUUCCCAUUCCUUUACGCACCUACCUCUUUCUCGGAAUCGAUAUCCCUCGCUUUCACACCUAUCUUAUCUCAACAUCAUGUCGGUUGACCCAGAGUUCAGCAAUUCCAGCGAGAUGCGGUUACAGAGGGGGAAUACGGACACGUCGUACACCUACGAUGGCCAAAAAAGCUGGAGGCGAUGGAGAAUCCUUAGUCCAGGCCGUGGAAUUUACCACGACAUCAGAAGACGGCUUCCAUACUACUGGAGCGACAUUGCUGACGCGUGGACGUACCGCACUGUAGCCAGUACUAUUCGCAUGUAUUUCGUGAAUCUCCUCCCCGCGAUAGCCUACACCCUCGACAUGUACCGACGAACAGGACAGUUCUUUGGUAUCAACGAAGCCCUUUUAUCGUCGGCGCUCGCUGCCAUUGUCUUCAGCAUCCUCAGCGCCCAGCCCUUGACGAUCGUUGGCGUCACCGGUUUGAUCUCGCUCUUCAAUUUGACAAUCUACGACAUCAUCAAGAUCUACGACGUCUCCAUCUACCCACAGUUCAUGGCUUGGACGGGAAUCUGGGCAGCAAUGUUCCAUUGGCUCGUCGCCGUGUUCAACGCGUGUGACUACAUGCGAUACGUUACCGACUUUUCUAGCGAGGCAUUUGGAUUAUACGUUGGCAUCAUCUACAUCAUCAAGGGUGUGGAAGAACUGGUGAACGAGUUCGAUGCCGAAGGCAGCGCUGCGGGUUACUUAGCUUGUAUGAUUGCGAUUCUAUACUUCGGCACUGUCUACAGUUUGGAGAAGAUGGGCUCCAGCACUCUUUGGACGUCUGUUUACCGAGAAAUUCUCGCUGACUACGCCUAUGUGUUCGCCACCAUCUUUUGGGUUGGUUUCUCUCACAUCCCGGGAACUCUCAAAGCAACGCAUAUCAUGAGGGUCCCUGUUGUCGACGCCUUCCAACCGACUCAGCCUAGGAGCUGGAUCCUCGCCUUUUGGAACCUUGACGCAAAGUGGGUUUUUGUAGCUAUGCCUUUCGGUUUUCUAGUAAUGCUGCUUUUCUACUACGAUCAUAAUGUCAGCAGUAUUACCGCUCAAGCACGCCGUUAUCCCUUGAAGAAGCCAGAAGGUUUCCACUGGGACUUUUUUCUACUCGGCUGCACGACGUUCAUCGCAGGCAUCUUGGGCUUGCCGAUGCCUAAUGGACUCGUCCCUCAGGCCCCAGUUCAUACCGAUUCCUUGACAGUCUACGAGACGAAGCUCCAAUUUCUACCGACUUACGAAGGAGGCGAUACAGAAAUCCGACGGCCUGUGGUUGUUGCUACACAAGUGGUCGAGCAGAGGAUUUCUCACUUGUUGAUGGGCCUCGCUCUGAUAGGCACCAUGACGAGUCCCCUUCUGGUGGUGAUCCAUACCAUGCCAGCUGCUGCCUUUGCUGGCGUCUUCUUUGUCGUUGGUUGGGGCUCAAUCGAAUCGAACAGCAUCCUUCAGAAAUUCCUCUAUCUUCAAGCGGAAGAACGCUUCAUACAACGAGAUGAAUUACUUCUCCAAGUCCGCCGCCGAAAGGUCUGGUUGUACAUAGCCAUACAAUUCUUAGCUGUUAUAGCUUGCGUUGCUAUCUCUCAUACGCUGGGUGCCAUCGGCUUCCCGGUACUGAUCAUCUUGCUCAUCCCGAUGAGAGUCUUGCUGGUACCAAGGUGGUUUCUCCGAAAAGAGUUACAGAUACUGGAUGACUUCACGGCUACAAACGAGAUGGUACUAGCAAGUUUGGGAGGCAAGCCCGGACUUCCUGAACGUUCUCUUGAAGAAGAUUAG